UUUUAGGUGGUGUAGUGAGGGUGACACUCAUCCCAUGGAAUCGGCAACAUGGAGUAACCCUCUCCCCCUUUCCACACUCACUUCCCCUUCCCAUUUACGCCACCCCUCGCCCUACAAAUUUUCCACUCUCCACGCUUUCCCACUCUCUUCCCUUUCUUCUUCUUUUUCUUUCCACCCUUUUCUCCUUCACCUCACACCCUCCCUUUCCCCUUUCUCUCCAAAACCCAUUUCUUUCAACCCUCUUCGCCCUCUCCCUCGCACCAUGCACGCCACGCGCAUCCAAGACGCCGUUGGAGGGGCACUGGCCCUCGUCCAAUCGUCUCCCGCCACGUGGCAGUCUGCGCUUCUCAGCAACGCGCUUAUAUUCCUCUUGGGGUCUCCGAUUUUGGUCUCUGGUUUGUCUCUCUCCGGGAUCGGUGCUGCGUUUCUGCUUGGGACGCUCACUUGGCGCGCUUUUGGGCCCUCUGGGUUCUUCCUCGUUGCCACCUACUUUGUUAUUGGUACAGCUGCUACAAAGGUCAAAAUGGCACAGAAAGUGGCUCAGGGGGUUGCUGAGAAAAGAAGAGGAAGAAGGGGUCCGGGCAGUGUUAUUGGAUCCAGUGCUGCUGGUUGCAUUUGUGCUUUCCUCACAAUUUUUGGUGUUGGGGGAGAGGCAUUUUCUCGGCUAUGGAGACUUGGGUUUGUUGCCAGUUUCUGUACCAAGUUGAGUGACACUGUCUCAAGUGAGAUCGGGAAGGCAUAUGGAAAAACAACGUACCUAGUUACAACUUUCAAGAUAGUCCCAAGAGGCACAGAAGGGGCUGUUAGUGUUGAAGGAACAUUGGCAGGAAUUUUAGCAUCCAUAGUUCUUGCAUUUGUCAGUUUUCUCAUGGGUGAGGUUGGUUCACAUGAAGCAAUUAUAUGUGUACUAGCUGCUCAGAUUGCUAAUCUUGGCGAGAGCAUAAUUGGUGCUGCACUUCAAGAGAAGGAAGGAUUUAAAUGGCUUAACAAUGAUGCAGUCAAUGUCAUCAACAUAUCAAUGGGCAGUAUCAUAGCAAUCUUCAUGCAGCAAGCACUCCAGAUCUGUGGUUCCUAAACUUGAUGCCAAGGUUUUCACGGAGCUCAAUCAUAUUAACGUAGUGACCAUCUUCAUAAGUGCUUAUCUAGAACACGGGUUUGAGCAAUGGAGCAGUGCAGAUAAAAUGAUUAUUCAUUUAUUUGUCCUUGAAAACCGACUCAGAUGUUUAUACUUAUUUAAACAUGGAUAGAAACCCAUUCUUCUGAUCGUACUCAAAGCAUGUUGGUAGUUACAGAAAUUAAUAGAAGUGGCAAUGGAAACCACAAAACUCAGUAAGCUGUAACCAUGAUUCAAGUGUCUUGUAUGGGAAGCAGUGGUUCUUUCAAAAUGUAGAUGUGAACUUCCCUUUCCUUGAUCCAACUUACUUUUAAGAAAUAGAACAGUUUCUCCUAAGCAUUUCUGUCUAUCAUUUUAUCCCUUUUAUUUUCUGGCUGUUGUGCACUAACAGAAGAGCAUCUGAAAUGCAGUCUUUGAAAGAAUUGUUGAAAAGUUUAGUUACACUUCCAUUAUUGUAUAGUUAAUAUUCGAUAUUGA